AUGGAAGGCCUCACUAGACGAACCUGGUGGCUUUUCGCUCGGCGCUUGAAGCGCCAGGAGCUCGCUUGGGAUGAGUCGCGGAAGGAGGCGCUGAAGGCCAGUGCGGCCAUUUGUGGUCAAGGGCAUGUUUACCACCGGAUCCAGCCGCAGAAUUCGAAAGAUCCUGACAGAUUUUGGGAAUUCGCCUUGGUUGAACAGAGCUUGAGCUUGAGGCUCUUCAUGAAGUAUGCUAUUGAAGAUGAAGAGAAGGAGGAGAAAGCGCCGGCUGAAGAUGGCGAGGAGAACCCGGAAGCGAAGGAGGAUGCCGUCCAGACCAUUCCGGAUGUUUUUCUGGACGGUGGCGCUGGCAGAAAGGGAUGGGCUCUUGGAGCGUUGCGGCAAGCAGUUUUACGCUUUCCCAUCGGCUGCUUCGUGAGGGUACGGCUGGAGGAUAUCCGCAUCAGAGACGCUUUGGGGAGGAUUUUUGGUGUGCCAGUGCAGAGCUCCGAGACUCGCAAGAGAUGCUUUCCUGAUCUUGAAGCAGACCACCCUUUUUGCAAGAUUGCCAAGACCAAGGAGAAUGGCAAGCAGUUCUACAACAAUCCAUGGGAUUCCAAUGCCUGCCUUGUUGUGAAUGACCGGUGCUUUUUUGUUCACAAGUAUUUUGUCACAGAGAGUAGUGGGUUCUUUAAGAAUCUGUUUGCAGAUGAUGCAGAGACAACCUCGGGUGACUACACACUGCGUUUGGACGAGAAGCUUCGAGAUGAUUACUUCGAAUUCAUCCUUCGAUGGAUGUACACAGGCAGGGUAGAUGGCAUCAAUGCAGAGAAUUGCAUCAGCAUGAUCCGUGAGGCCAAGUUCUUGUUGAUGAAUGAGGACUUCGUGAGGAUUCUCUAUCAAACCUUCAUUAAGGCAUGCAAGAGUAGCGACUCCAGCUCAACUUUGGCUGAGUCUUUGUCACAGCAGGCCUCAGACUUGUUGGUCAAAGAGCUGUUCAAUUUGCUGGAUGAUUGUGGGUUUUCAGCUGAUCUUCGCUUGAAAUGUCUUGUCCUUUGGGCCCAUCAGUUUCCUUUGUUGCAUGGGGAGGACGCGGUGCUGCUUCGAAAGCACUUGUCUGACCUUAUCGAGAAAUGCACCGCAGACGGGCUCGCAAGUCUGGUCAAGCAGUCCCCGGAAGCCUUUGACAUCAUUCCAGCAUCCACGCUCUUCAAGCUGACUCAGAGUGAUGGAUGGGUGCGGCAGACAGACGUCCCGGCGGCGUGCGUCGCCGAGCUGCGUCGAGAGAAGCCGAUCAUUCUGGGUGGACUUCUGGCGGGCGAAUCGCGCAUGGGCUUGGUGCAGACCAGGAUCAAGCGGCACCGGUGGCAUCCGAAACUCCUAAAGAGCUCAGAUGCCUUGUUACUUUCUGUGGGCUGGCGACGUUUCCAGACUCUGCCGGUCUUUUCCCUCGAAGAUCGAGGCGAGAAGCGGAUGCGGUACUUGAAGUAUACCCUGGAGCAUGCGCAUUGUACCAUGACGUGUUAUGGCCCUAUGGUGCCUCCGAACACCGGCGUCUUGGCGUUCAGGAGUUGGGAGAAGGUCGGGCACUUCCGAGUCUGCGGUACGGGUGUCGUUCUGGAAGCGGCUCCAAACUUCGAAGUGAAGAAGAAGCUGAAGCUCGUGGGCGAGCCCUACAAGAUCUUCAGGAACACUGCCUUCAUCAAGAAUAUGUUCAGCUCCGACCUCGAGGUGAACAAAUACAUGCACGCGAAGAUCCAGACGGUGAGUGGCAUCCGUGGAGAGAUCAAGAAGGCCGAGGGUGUGAAAGGCCAGUUCCGGGCAUCCUUCGAGGAUCGUAUCCUCAUGUCUGACCUGGUGGUCUGCAAGUGUUGGAUCACGGUGCCUUUCAAAGAGUUUUAUCAUCCGGUUCUGGACGUGCCCAACUGGCGCCCUGCGCGGCUGAUUGGGGAGCUGCGCGCCGCUCAAGGUGUGCCGGUGCCUGACAACCCAGACAGCCGCUACGGCAAGCAGCUGGUCCGUCCUGAGCGUCGCUUCAACCCCUUGAAGGUGCCCAAGAGCCUCCAGGCGAGCUUGCCCUUCAGUGCCAAGCAGAAGCUGGCUCCGAAGAAGCAGAAGACCGCCCUGACCCGAAAGGCGGCGAUCGUGUCCAGCGAACGAGAAAAGGCGGUGAACAAUCUGAUCCAGAGGCUCCUGCGGCGUGCCCUUGACACCGUUUGGGACCGUGAACGGGCGGUGGGGAGUGGAAGCGCCACCCGCAGGCUCUACACGAUCCGCAAGGAGAAAGCACGGGUGAGGCAGCAGGCGUCGGACCGGAAACGAAAGGUGAAGGAAGUGCAGGAUCGCUUCAUCCAGGAAGGAUGCGAAGCGCCGGAAGGCGAUGAUGAUGGACUGAGGUGGUUUCACCGCUCCAAGGCCUUUUUUUUCCCGGGAGGUGUCGCGGUGUCUGUGUUCGGCACGGACAUGUGGCGCGUGAGCUUGGCGCUCCUGGCAACCUUAUGUCAGGUAUCACAGUGUGAGAAGCACGUGCCAGGGGCGACCGCCCGGCGCACUGCAUCUCCUGUGGAUGCCUUUGGCACACCGGUGCCUUCCUCGCUGGCCAUCCCCAACAUCCCCCAGGCCUUGCCGCCGGCGCGCUUGACCUCGUCCGCGGGAUACCUGGAACUGGAGCUGGUGCUUGCGGCCAUUGACUUGACUGCCGAGUGCGAGGUCUUCCGCGACGAUGCUGAUGGGGCGGAGCCGUCCAUCAGCUGCUUCCGGGGAUCCUGUGUCAGCCUGGUGAGACUGCCAGGCCUCAAGGUGGAUGCCCAGUACAGCUUCACCAUGCAGAUCGUCCAGCGGAUCCGGGACCCUGGCAGCGGAGUUUGGUUCGAGUUCCACGGCCCACGCUCUCGGCCCAUCACCUUCGUCACCGCGGGCUUGCCAGACUGGCAACUGGCGAUUCCCGAGACGACCUCCCUAGGAUCCAUUGUGAUGAGGUUAUCUUGGGAGGAGCCUAUGACGGGAGGAAGCUCCAUCCUGGGCUACCAGGUUGAAAUGGAGACCAACACGGCGCCUGGAUGGAACUUGAUCUACGAUGGCUCACAGGAUCCCAUGGUGAAGCAUUUGGUCCUGCAGAACUUGUCCUAUGGCACCACCUACUUCUACAACGUGUACGCCAUCAAUGCCAUUGGUCGGAGCAAGCCGAUCUCGACGGCCUACACGGUGGCAGUGCCCUUGGAGAAGACCUUCUUUUACCCGCUCUCCACAGAUCCUUCCAUUCCCAAUGAGACCAUCCCCGAUGCCAUCGUGGCGGAUAUCGGGACAGAAUUGGUGAUCCGUGCGAAGAACCCAGUGACCGAGCAACUGGAGGAGGGCAGCACGCACAGGAACUAUUUGGCGGCCAUUUAUGAUGCCCGGGGGCCUGAGCACAUCAACCUGGUGGGUGCCGCCUCACACGUUCUUUUGCAGCUCGGCAUGGAUGAAGAACGAUUCAGUUCAAUGGCCCUGAUCUGA